GUCAGUUGCUAGCAUUCUUUUGGCUCAAUUUCAAUUUUAUUUUUACUAAACGCAUCACAAUCUGAAAUUAUCUAAAGAUGGGGUCCGGCACCGGUAUGCUUCUGGUGUACAUCGUCGGCUGGGGCAUAGUCUUCGGCACGUUUGUUCACUACUACCACAAGCGCAAAGCGCUUUCCCUCAGCAAGCUCGAGUCCUGGUACCCAACCCACCCCGAGCGCGAUAUCUACUUCUCCCUGAUAAAGCUGCAAAAAGAAUCACCCACCUCCGUAACCACCGAGGUACUCAUGGCCGCACUCUUCCGCCGCGCCAUGACAGACAUUACGCGCAUGGUCGAGAUCCAAACAAACAAGGCCACUUUGGCAACUUUGGUCAAGUCGGGAGCAAUGUCUGAGGAAUACCUGCAUCAAUUUAUGGCUUCAGAGGCUGAAAAGGAGGCUGAGUUGAUGAGUGUUGCUCAGGAGGCUGAGAGACUGAGACCUGGAUGGGGGAGAUUGAUUUUCGCCGCUGCUUCAGAAAUGGUCAAUUGCUCGAGGCUGAGAGAGUUGCGCGAGGAGAUGACCAAGCUCAACUAUGAGUCGGCGAACUGCGUGAGGUCGGUGAUGCUCGAGGAUAUGGAGCCUGAAGUUAGGGAGAGGGCGCUGAGGGACGGCACGGAGGAGAACAGGGCGUUGGUGCAGAAUGAUGUUUUACUCAGUAGUAUUUUUAACAUGGCUAUUGGUGAGGGCGUCAAGGUUGCUGCUGCUGCGCAGGCUAGACGCCAGGCAGAGUUGGACGCUAAGAAAGAGAGCCCCAAGGUUGAGCAGAAGACUGUUGAGGUCCCUGUAGUCGACAAGGUCACCCCUGCCGUUGCCGCUGCUGAUUUGGUGGACAGCCCAAGGGUCGAGCAGAAGACCAUCGAGGAUGAGUCUCCCGAGCAGCCAUCCGCUGUAGAGGUCAACUAAGAUACUCCUCCAUUUUUCAUUCUUGUCAGGCUUUUUUCUUCCUUAUUAGUAUGUGUGACCAAUAUAUCACAAUAAGAAUGUUUUACAAUUUCAU